AUGUCGUCUCUUGCGCAGGAUAUUUUAGCUAUAGCUGCUCGAGAUUCCGUUGCAAUAUUGGGUGGUAACCAAUAUUGGUACCAAUUGUUAUUAGGAAGAAGAGAUGCAAGAACUGCAAGCUGGGAUGCAGCAAAUGCAAAUCUUCCACCUCCAUUUUUCAACUUCUCACAACUCAUCAUAAAUUUCAAUUCUCAUGGACUAAACCUUAAAGACUUAGUUGUUCUAUCUGGUGGCCACACUAUUGGAUUUGCCAAAUGCGCUACUUUUAGAGACAGGAUCUUCAAUGACACCAACAUAGACACCACUUUUGCAGCCAAGUUACAGAAUACAUGUCCUCGAAUAGGCGGCGACAACAACCAAGCACCUUUUGAUUCUACUCCAAAAAAAGUGGACACAGCAUACUAUAAGGGUUUGUUGUACAAAAAGGGUCUCCUUCAUUCUGAUCAAGAGCUUAUAAAGGUGAUGGUUCUCAAAGUGAUAGGUUGGUGCAGCUAUAUAGCAAAAAUUCAUAUGCCUUUUGCUAAAGAUUUUGGAGUUUCUAUGAUCAAGAUGGGUAACUUGAAGCCUCUUACUGGGAAAAAGGGUGAGAUAAGGUGCAAUUGCAGAAAAGUCAACUACUACUGA